AUGGAUAUGUCAGAUGGUAUGACAAUGGGUGGUGCACCAACAGAUGGCUCAGCGUUGAAUGCUACUGGCUUCGAGAUGUCCAACAUGACGCAGGCUGCGGACUACUUGGGAGAAAUAUUGGAUGAUUCUGUUUUUCAGAUAGAUGGAAAUGCUGCAGCAAGGCAUUUUUGGUAUGUAGUCUGUGCGGUUAUCGGCAUAGCUGCUUUUUUCAACUUCGUACAGAAGGCUACUAUAUUUUUCAGAUUGAGGGCAGCUGCAUCGAAUAAAGCACGACCAGCAUCGCCAUCCAAUCCUUUGACAAUAUUGCUAGCUACAAUAACAGCAAUUGGUCGGGAAGCAUCAUAUUCCCAGUUCAUACCACACAAUGAAAUUGCCGCAAAAUACUUCAAGAUCCCUCCUCUUGGGACUAUUAUGCUCUUGAUAUUACAUCUAGUGUGGGUCAUUAUCCUCGAGUUUGCGAACAACAACGUUUCGGGAGCCCAACACUUUACUUCAUUGGGCGUUCGCGCAUCCUGGUUGGCUAUUGCACAAGUCCCUCUAUUAAUACUCUUAGCUGGAAAGAAUAGUCCACUUGGACUUGUCAGUGGUAUCUCAUAUGAACGCUUGAAUGUUGUUCACCGAUGGACUUCAAGGAUUCUUCUGUUUCUUGUUACCCUGCAUGUGAUUUUCCUUCACUUAGCUUGGAAUGCAUCUGACCUAGGACCUCUGGAAUAUUCUACCGAUUCGUGCAUUCCAACUGGCUGGGGAGCGAUAAUCCGUACCGGGAGAUACGCUUGGAACAACAUUCGCACCCCAACGGCAACAUUGAAAGUUUUAGAAGGUGGUGUUACUCGGGUUUGUAUCGAAAGCAAAGCUGUCAAGAAGUGGAACCCUGGUUCUCACGUUCUCCUAUCAAUACCUCAACUUGGAAUCGGGCAAUCUCAUCCAGCAACGAUUGCUUCCACACCAUCAUCACAUGAUGGCAAGCUGGUCUUCUUGCUUAAAGCACACAAGGGAUUCACGGGUCGCCUAUUAUAUGCAGCAGAAAAUUCGCCAGCAUCGAAUUCGCCAUGGAAAGCCCGAAUUGAUGGACCAUAUGGUAAUACUGUUGACUAUGCUGCUUUCGACACUGUUCUCCUCAUCUCAGGUUCAACUGGUACAACCUAUACGCUUCCAAUUCUCUUAGACAUUGCAAAUCGUGCACAAAGCACCCGACUUCCAGUCCAGCGCAUCGUCUUCGUUUGGAUAAUCAAAAAUACUUCGUGGACAUCUUGGAUUGCAGACGAACUCGCAUCAGCAGCCGAGAAGCUUGACGCCGUUGGAAUCGAGCUCACAAUUCGAAUCCACGUAACCUGCGACAACAACUUUACAACCGGAGACAGUAAUACAGUAGCUAAUUGCUGUGCUUGUGACAAAAGUCCCAGUCCUUGCUGCUGCAUAUCUGUCGAUGCUGAUGCUGAUGACGAUGAAAUCACAUCUAUCGAUGAAAAGGGCACUAAAAUCAGCGCCCAGCCGAAAAUCACAAGUGCUUCUAGUAUUACUUCAGGGACUCGAUCAUCAAUUUUACCAUGCGCAGUUUUCCACAGCGGGAGACCUGAUUUCCAUCCCAUUUUAGGCGAAUUAUUGGUGAAAGCCGAGGGGGAAACUGGAAUUGCUGUUUGUGGACCACUUGGGUUGAGUAGUAAUGUGAGGACUACGGUGGCGAAAUGCAGUAAUGAUAGGGCUGUUCAUAAGGGGACUGGAGCCCAAGGCAUUUUCCUGCAUGCUGAAGGGUUUGGAUGGUAG